AUGGCUACCUCUAACGCAGUCGGAGUAUGUCGGCGAGGACUUGACCAAGCUAGUUCAGUUCCCAAGUUCAGACUUCAAGCACCAGAUGGCCCUCAUGCUCUGCAGAACUCCAAAGGAGCUUCUGGGGUCAAGCAGCACCUCCUCUCGGGAAUGCUUCCCAGUAUUGGAGAACAGGCAUCCAUUCACACUUGGUGUGACCUCCGAAGUGAGAAUCUGUUGCCUUCACAGUUUGAGCAGACUGGUAAAAAGACACUGUUCCCAAAGGUGACAUCGUACGACCUGAAAAAGCUUUCUGCAAAAUUUUUGGAAAAAGUCGGUAUCACCUCGGAGGUCAAUUUCCUCAGGACUGCAAUGGAUGGAAUACCACCAUUAAGAGAGAAACAUCUUUUUAUCAAGGACUUAACGUUUGAAAAGGUUAAAGUAAGAAUUUACCAGCCAAAAAUAUCAACCACCAGCCAAAGAAGAGGAAUCCUUUAUUUUCAUGGAGGAGCUGGACAGUUUGGAAGCGUUCGGGCCUAUGAAAGAAUAUGCCGCUAUUUCGCUAGAAAAAGCAAUUCAGUGGUUGUGUCUGUUGGGUAUCGCUUAGCUCCUGAGCAUCCAUAUCCAACCCAGUUUGAGGAUUGUCUCACUGCCACCAUACACUUUAUGAGGACUGCACAAGAUUAUGGAGUAGACCUUUCUCGCAUUAUCAUCUGUGGAGACAGUAGUGGAGGUACACUCACCGCUGCUGUUGCCCAAGCACUGGUGAACAGAAGAGAUCUCCCAAAGCUGAGAGCACAAAUCCUAAUAUAUCCUUUUCUCCAGGCUGUGGACUUUAAUUUGCCUUCUUAUCAGCAGAAUGAGAGAGUCCCCAUUUUGUUAAAGGAACGAAUCCUUGCUCUUGCUUUGAAGUAUCUUAAUAUAGACUUGUCUGUCAUGGAAGUUAUGGUUAAAAGUUGUCAUAUUCCAGAAGAUUUGCAACUGAAGUAUCAGAAAUGGGUGAGUCCUGACUGCAUCCCUCAUGAGUUUAAAACAAGAGGCUACAAACCACACACAAAUACACAUCAAUUCUCAAAAGAAGUCUAUACACUGAUCAAGCCUAUGUUUGACACUGUUUUUUCACCACUGCUAGCUGAAGACAAUGUUAUUGCUCAACUUCCUGAAGCUUUCAUUUUGACCUGUGAAUUUGAUGUGCUUAGAGAUGAUGGACUGCUGUACAAGAAACGAUUAGAGGAUCAUGGUAUAAAAGUGACCUGGUGCCAUCUGCAAGAGGGAUUCCAUGGAACAAUAUUCUUUGUUCCUUAUGGUGGGGUGAUGGCAUUCCAAUCUGGAAAUAAAGGCCUGGAAAAGAUAGUAAAUUUUCUAAGAUUGAUGUAA